AAAGAACUCUGUUAUGAGCACAUGGAUGGGUCUUUCAAAGUCGAGCUUUCCUAUCAUUUUGUUAAGUACCGUUAUAAACAUCUCAUUUAUUUUAAUUCUCUCCGAAAUUUUAUGACGACUUCUCUUUAGAUCUGGUUUUAUUUCUUUGUUUCUUAGGCGUCUGGUAGUCUCGAUUUACUACACGAAUGUGUAAGGGAGAUCAAACGACUUUCUAGCGCUGUUGUGUUAAGUCCUCCAGUAGGCUUUGCAGUUUGCCCAAAGGGGAAAAAUCUGUUGGAAAGAGGUCUGCUAAGUAAUGAACUUAUAGUUUGCCCAUUUCCAAUCCUGGUCGAUAGUCUCAAAAACAAAAUCGGAAACUUUCUAAAGACGUUGCAUUUUGAAACAAACUGUAUCGGCUUAUAAUCACUCUUGCAUAAAAUAUUCAAUCAAUUAAUGCAUGUUUGAUGACAAUCGUUUGCGUGUUUGAACAAUGAUCAAUAUCGACUGCACGCUUUGUCGCCUAAGUUGCUGAGUGAAGCGAAAAGUUUGAAGAGGUAAAUUUUUUAUACUUGGCUUUUUCGUGUUUGUGAAUCUUUGACGUAAUUUCAUUUUAAUAAGUCCCUCGUGUCGAAGGACCUUCAACUUCGAGGAAAAAAAAAGAGCCGGGACAGGAAAAAGGUCGAAACCUCUCAGGUAGGUUAACAGAGUCUGUUGUCCUUUCUGAGUUGCCCCGGCAACCGAGUGGGACCGUCAGCUUUCUGCCUUCUUGGCCAUCAUUUGAUUUUUCAAAGAAAUUUGAAAGAAUAAAACGGAAAAAACCUCGAAACGCCUCAAGUGUACAGUUUGCCCGGCCGAGCGGUUCCUUUACAAAAACGCGAAAUUGUAAAACAACGCUGAAGAAUGCGCGAGUGAAUUUGCCAAAAAAGUCACAUAUGACUGGAAGAGAAUAACAUGAGAACCUUGCUUAAAUGGGUGGACAAAGUGUGCGACCGCGACAAACAGGAACAAUGCGUGUCUUCGCUCUGCUUCAACCCCGAUGGCACACAACUUGUCGCCGCCGCCGGGCAGAUGGUCCUCGUCUACGACACGACGAACGGCUCCCUGAUUCAACCUCUAAAAGGUCACAAAGAUAACGUCUAUGCUGUUGACUACUCCAAUGACGGGAAACGCUUUGCUUCAGGAAGCGGUGACAAAAAUGUCAUCAUUUGGAGUAACAAAUUAGAAGGGGUAUUAAAAUACAGCCAUGGUGAUGCUGUACAAUGUUUACGGUUCAACCCAAUAUCAACUCACCUGGCAAGCUGUGGCGGGAGCGAGCUUGUCCUCUGGUCACCGGAAUUCAAGUCGAUUCAGAAGUACAAGUCUUCUGCUAAAAUUCUAGCCUGCUCUUGGAGUUCCGAUGGCCACUUUUUGGCAUUGGGUCUUUCCUCUGGCAGCGUCUCAAUCAGGACUAGAUCCGGUGAGGAAAAAUCAAGAAUCGAGAGACCGGGCGGAAUCGAAACUCCAAUUUGGGCCCUUGCUUGGAGCCCUGUUAAGGAAGAUAAUCAUGACAUUCUUUGUGUCACUGAUUGGGGCCAAUCGAUGUCAUUUUACACUAUAAGUGGGAAAAUGGUUGGAAAAGAAAGAUCAUUGGGUUAUGAACCACUUUGUGUUAACUAUAUGAACAACGGAGAAUUUAUACUCGUUGCUGGAUGUAACAAUAUAUGUUUCCUUUAUUCGAGGGAUGGUAUUAAACUGGCAAAAAUUGGAGAGGACCACCAGUCUUGGAUUUGGACUAUCGCCUCCAAAACGAAUCCUCAUCAUAUUGCACUUGGAUGCGAAGAUGGAAAAAUAGCCAUGUAUCAAGUCAUCUUUACCCCAGUACAUGGGAUUUACAAGGAGAAAUACGCUUAUCGGGAACAUCUGACAGAUGUUAUCAUACAAAAUCUACUUACGGAUCAAAAAUUGAGAAUAAAGUGUAGAGAUUUAAUAAGAAAAGUUGCAAUAUACAAACACAGACUUGCUGUGCAACUUGGAGAGAGAGUGACCAUCUAUGAGUUGUACUUGGCAGAAGCAGGUUCUAUGCAUUACAAGCUGAAAGAAAGGAUGCAAAUUAAAUCAGAAUGCUCACUUUUGGUCGUCUGCUCUGCCCAUAUAGUCAUCUGUCAUGAGUGUACACUCCACUCAGUGGCGUUCAAUGGUCUUAGGGAAAGGGAGUGGCUUAUGGAAUCCCCUGUGAGGUACAUCAGAGUCAUUGGAGGGCCACACAGCCGCGAAGGGCUUCUUGUCGGGUUAGCCAAUGGCCAAGUGCUUAAAGUUUAUCUAGAUAAUGCUUUUCCUGUUGAAUUAAUUAAAAUAGAUUCGCCUGUUAAAUGCUUAGAUAUGAGUCCAAGUCGUAGAAAACUUGCUAUUGUUAACGACAAAGAUCAGUGCCUUGUUUAUGCCAUCCCAAGUGGCCAGCUUUUAUUCCAGGAGCCAAAUGCGAAAUUCGUAGCUUGGAAUACAAGUUGUGAGGAUAUGAUUUGUUAUUCUGGAAAUAAUGUUUUAAACAUUAAAGCGGAUAAUUUUCCAGAACAUCAGCUUAAAUACCAGGGUUUCGUAGUGGGGUUUUGCAGUUCUAAAAUAUUUUGUUUCCAUCAAAAUGUAAUGUCGACUAUUGAAGUGCCAUUAUCUGCUCCUAUGUAUCAAUAUUUGGAAAAAAAACUAUUUACGGAAGUUUAUGAUAUUGCUUGUCUUGGAGUUACUGAGAGUGACUGGAAAACUCUAGCCCAUUCGGCUCUCGAUGCCCUUAAUUUUGAAAUUGCCCGAAAAGCAUUUAUAAGAAUAAAGGAUCUGACUUAUCUUGAGCUUAUUCAAGAUUUCCUGGAGAGGGAGGAAAGAGGUGAAAGAGAAAGGGAAGUUUUUCUAGCUGACAUUCUCAGCUUCCGAGGAAGGUUUAAAGAAGCAGGGAGGCUUUAUGCUAGAGCUGGACGCCCAGAGAAAGCACUAGCUAUGUACACUGAUCUCAGGAUGUUCGACCAGGGGCAAGAGUACCUCGGUGCCGGUGACGAUGUGGACAGAAAAAGUCUGCUCAGAAAAAAAGCAGAUUGGGCGAAAAAUAUUAACGAGCCAAAAGCAGCAGCACAGAUGUAUCUAUCUGCUGGCGAUGUAAUGAAAGCUGUCGAGAUAAUGGCUCAGUACCAAUGGGUUGAUAUGUUGGUAGAAGUCGGUAGGAAAGUGAGCGGUCAAGAAUCUGAACCAGCUCUUAGGAAAAUAGCAGAGACCCUUCGCUCUCUCUCUGAGCUGGAUCUAGCCGCGGAAAUGUACAGAAAGCUCGGUGCUGAAGACAACCUGCUGGAAGUUCAGGUCCAAGCUGGGAAAUGGGAUGAAGCGCUCGCCUCCGUCGAAGACAAUCCAAAAUAUAGGGAAAUGGUUUAUUUACCUUACGCCCGCUAUCUCGCUGAAAACGAUAAUUUUGUAGAAGCCCAAAAAGCGUAUCACAAGGCCUGCCACCCAGAAGAGGCGUUCAGAGUAAUAAUGCAACUAACAACAAAUGCAAUUACAGAAAACCGUUUUAAUGAUGCAAGUUAUUAUUAUUGGUUAUUAGCAAAACAAGCAUUGCAGCUAGCAAGCGAUGGACAAGAUGAACAGCUAUCAAAGUACUACGAGUAUGAAAAAUAUGCGACAAUUUAUUAUGCCUAUCAUUCCAUUGAAAGAUAUUCGGAAGAUCCGUUCACGGCACACCAGCUGGAGGAUCUCUUCAAUAUUGGGCGGUUCCUUAUGCAAGAGACCAAAGCUCUCCACCUUCCUGGCAUUUCUCAAUUUUCGCUCUUUUUGCAAAUUGCAAAACUGUCACAGCAAUUAGGGGCUUUUAAACUUGCAAGGCAUGUCCUCUCAAAAAUACAGUCCCUGAGAAUACCACGAGAUUUGCAGGAGUAUGUUGAUACCCUGACGCUGUUAGUAAAAGGAAAACCGUAUCAUGACAACGAGGACCUGUUAAUAAUGUGCUACCGUUGUUCGAGUUACAAUCCUUUGUUGUCGCCGGUAGCGACAAAGCCCAAUUCAUGUACAAAUUGUGGUCAACCUUUUGUAUACUCAUUUGUCACUUUUGAAGUCCUUCCUUUGGUCGAGUUUCACCUUGAGCCUGGAAUAUCCGAAAUGGAGGCGAUAAGGCUUCUAGAAUCCCCUCCAGAAGAACUAGACUCAAACUGGACUCAAAACAUAGAAGGCAACGUUCAAAGCAUGAGGCUCGACGAUUCCCCUAUUCAAGAUCCUUUUAGCACUCGCAUGAUUAGCUAUGAUGCUACGACUGAUGAUAUGCUGCCGGUGGUGGUCAACCGAGCGACUUUGAAAUCUAUGGACAUCAGCACAGUCAUAGUUUGUAAGUGUCCUAAACCUUUGGGUGUACGGUUUUACCGCAACUUAUUACCCAACGUCCCGAUAGUGACUUGCCCUUAUUGUCACAAGAUAUUCCAUUUGGACGAUUACGAGUCACUUUUGUUGGAAAAAGGAUUUUGCCCAUUUUGUCGAGUACCAAGAGAUGCGAGUGAAGAUGUGGACAUUAUAUAAUUCUUUUAAAAAACCUUAUUUAAGUAUUUACACAGUAGCAGAGGUGGUAGAAAUAAUUUUAAAAGAAAGGAAGUAUAGAGAAAUUUAAUAAUUUUAAGAAUAAUUUAUAUAAACAAAUAUUGAAGUGAAUACUGUACAUAAUUAUAAUAUA